CACGCGACACUUCCUCUCCCAUCCAAACAACUCCAUAAUCAAUCCUCUACAUCCCCAAAACCCCAAACAGUUUACACUAACCACUCUCCCAUGUAAACAAUACCUCCUCCGCAAGCCUUGACCCCAAGCCCCCCGGAUUAAUAAAGCCACUGGAGCUAUGUUAACUGUAAGUGAUAAGUGACCAAAAAAUCCCCUCACCAAUGUACGACAACUACCUUAACGCCAAGAUGAAGAGCGAUGUGGAGGCACCGUCACUCCACCUGCACGACCACCUGACGUCAUCCCCAAGUGUUCACCCCCUGGUGUCGAGAAAUCCGUCGAGUGUAAUCUCAUCGCUAUCCCAGAGUGAUACCCUGGUGACGAGUGCCCCGGAGACCCCGCGAAAGCCAGGUGCACGUCGCCAGGAGAAGCCCCCCUACUCCUACAUAGCGCUGAUAGUAAUGGCAAUACAGUCGAGCCCGGACAAACGAUUGACCCUCUCCGAGAUCUACACAUUUCUCCAGCAAAGAUUUCCCUUCUUCAGGGGAGCCUACCAGGGCUGGAAGAACUCGGUGCGCCACAAUUUGAGCCUCAACGAGUGCUUCAUCAAGCUGCCGAAGGGCCUGGGAAGGCCGGGCAAGGGCCACUACUGGACGAUUGAUCCGGCGAGUGAGUACAUGUUCGAGGAGGGGAGCUUUCGCCGAAGGCCCAGAGGUUUCAGGAGAAAAUGCCAGGCCCUAAAGCCCCAGUACUCGCAGUACUUCCCCGGGGGGGCGCCCAUGGGAGUCGGGGGGGCUCAGCCCCCCGGGUACGACAACAUCCCUGGCUCGGGGGUUGAUUAUUCAAAUGGCUAUCAGAAUCAGUACCAGAAUUAUCAGGAGUACGCUUCAAUGUACGGAGCUGCUGCUGCUGGAGCUGUUCCAGAGUGGAGUUCCUAUCCUGAGACCCCCUACAAACCCCCACCCCCGCCGAUCGCUGAAGUGACGUACAAAACGACUGAGGUAACGUACAAAACUGGAGAAGCCUCGUUGUACAGAAAUGGAGAGAUUGCGUUCAAGAAUGAGCCGUACGUCAGGGGUCAGGAUCAGCUUGCCUACCGGCCCAAUGACGGAUUUUUGAGCAAGGAACAUGGCCAGGGACAGGAGGCGGUGGGGUACAAGACAGAGAGUGAUAACGAGGGCCUCAUGAGCUGUAAUUACAAGUGUGGGAGCAGUGGACAGCCACAAAUUCCACAGCAUCCGCAGGAUUAUUAUGUUGGGUAUGGACUUGGGGGCAACUGUGGUAAUAUCAAUGUUGCGGCUAUGAGGAGUCUUCAAGCUCACACUGGGGGGAGUAGUUCGGUUGGGAAUAUCAGCUCGCCGUACAGUGACUGCCCUACGCCCGCUACUGAUCAUGGGCUGAGAAUUCAGAGCUGUAGUUCGAGUUCCAACAGUUCAGGUGGUGCCUUAGUAGAGCGAAAAUCCUCGUACCUCGGACACACACCAAGUUCUGUAUAUUUCAUCUAAUGAAAGAGCAGACACCAUCGACACCAAUCACUUCACCAAAAACUUGACGCAAAGUUGUACCAAAAAAUGUGCCUAUUUAUAUUCAUUAUCAUCAGCUCUAACUAAAGAAAAAACUACAGUUAAAUUAAGACUAGGGAUUAAGG